AUGUUAGCGACAUCCCUUGCUGCUACAUCUAUUCUCAUUGUUGGAGGCUACUUGGUGUUCCAGGGCCAAGGCGAAUCAUUCAAUGUGGGUGACUUUCUAGAAUCGACCUCCCCAUACAUGUGGGCAAACUUGGGCAUUGCCGCUUGCAUUGGCUUCUCCGUUGUUGGCGCUGCUUGGGGUAUUUUUAUUACAGGUGUCUCCAUCUUGGGUGCUGGUGUGAAGACUCCAAGAAUCACCACGAAGAACUUGAUCUCCAUUAUUUUCUGUGAGGUGGUCGCCAUUUACGGUUUGAUUAUGGCUAUCGUCUUUUCUGCAAAAGUGUCAAGUGUUCCCGAAACCUCGUUGUAUACUCAUGAGAACCUUUACACGGGAUAUGCAUUGUUUUGGGCUGGUAUGACUGUUGGUCUCUCGAACUUGUUGUGUGGUAUUACAGUUGGUAUCACGGGCUCCACUGCUGCGAUCUCGGACGCUGCUGAUUCAUCUUUAUUCGUCAAGAUUUUGGUCAUUGAGAUUUUUGGCUCUGUCUUGGGUUUGUUUGGUCUUAUCGUGGGCUUGAUGAUGGCCGGUAAAGCGCCUGAAUUCAAGUAA